ACUGGCUCACAGUUAUUUCUGCUGGAACCGUCAGGCCUGUGUUACGAAUACAAGGCAUGGGCAAUCGGCAAGCAUCGACAAGCGGCCAAAACAGAAAUCGAAAAGCUAAAAUUUGAUGAAAUGCCAAUGGAGCAGCUCGUUAAAGAAGCAGUGCGAAUAAUUUUGACGGUGCGAGAUGAAGCAAAAGAUAAAAAUAUGCAAGUGGAAAUGGGAUGGGUUGGUAAAAACACCGAUGGAAAGCACCAAAGUGUGCCUAGGGAUAUUGUAAAGCAAGCAGAAACAUGGGCUAAGGCGAAGCUAGAAGAAGAUGAUAUGGAGGAAUGA